AUGUGUCCAGGACAAACUAUUCAAACAGUGAAUUGUAUUUCAACGUUUGAUGGUGUUUAUCAGUUCACGUAUGAACAGAACAUGCAGAACAUGGGUGCCGGUGGUAUCUGUAAUAAUCCAGACAGUACUAUCGAAGCUUGUAAAAAUCCUGGUUCACCUUACCGAGACAACGAAGUAUUUCUCAUGAAGUAUGCUAAAUGCCCUAAUGUCCCGACCUCCACGGAUCAUAAAAUAAGAUACCAGUGUAUGGGAAGUUGGUUUGCUAUGGUUGGUUCAACUGGCUACACCUACGCUGCUAUUGCUGAUACAGUAGAAAAGGACCGAAGAGAAAGAUUUAAAUGUUUGAUGACAGUGAAGAAUCAGAAGUCAUCCGAUAACAGUAUUCGUUGGGUGAUGUCAAGAUUUUCUGAUUGCAGUAAUUUAAAAAGUUUGUACAAUGGUCCAGUCAGAUUGACUCUACAACCGAGUAAGUACACGUAUUAUUUAUAA